AAUUACCUUCACCCCCAAUUAAAGAAUAAAAUUAGUUGUAUUAAAUUGCUUUCUGUUUUCUCUAUUAAAAAAAUAUAUAAAAUGUAAUUUAAUCUACGAGUCGUGAAAGAGAAAAGUGAGCCAAAUGCAAAUUCGAAGCUAUUUAUGGCCCACUCAAGAGCAAAAAUCGCAUCUGUAAUGUAAUUUGAAGCCGUUUUGCGAAGAAAUAAUAUUCAUUGGUAUUGUUUAUUCAAAGGUUUCUCACAGAAUAUACCAAGAAAAUAUUAUUUCUUCGUAAAACAGCCUCAAAUUACAUUCCGUUAUGGAUCCCACAGAUAAAACUGGCAUUGUGCAAUUUCGCGGAUCCAAUUUUGGGAAUAGGAAGUUUCGUGUAGAGAGACAUUUGGCGGCUUCAGGAUGCCUUGAUGUAAAUAUGUCAACUCAAGAAACCAAUAAUGGUGAGUUCGCAAGUUAGAUGUAAAGGCUCAGGAUAUUAUAACCAACUUGAUUCAUGAUCGAUCACCACCUAGAGUACAUAAGAGAUAAGGCAACCGGGAAAGAAAUGUGGGAUGUGUGUGUUUGCUAUGGAUUCUGGUGCAACGGAUCAUUUUGUGAAAAACAAAAAAGUGUUCAGAAAUCUGAAGAAAUUAUCGAGUCCUAUAUAUAUAAGAGUUACUAAGAACGAGGAGCAUGUAUGAGUAUCAAUGGUUGGUGAAAUCGAUGCCUUAAGUUAUACUGGUGUUCAAAUAAAUUUGAAAGAUGCCCUCUACAGUCCUGGAAUCUGGAUACUUUCUUUUAAAAAAUCCGCAAUUACUUUUUGGGCAACCCAAAAUAGUAUGCUGGACGUCGCUGCAUUGGCUGCUUUUACGAUUUACAACGAAAUGAUGCCUAUAAAAAGGAGUGACAGACGGCGGUCGUUCUUGUUACUGCUAUCGAAACAAUUGGCCACACCAAAUAUCGAAGAACGUGCUCUAAACAACCAUAUAACCUCCUAUCCAAGGAUACGCAAUGCGAUGGAAGCAUUCGAUGUCAGGGUAUUACCAAGACCGAUGGAAAGCAAUGUACCGUCGUUUGCGGCUAGGUCAAGUAGACCGUCAUGUAGGCUUUGCCGUUCUGAGUACGGGCGACAGCGGAAAACGCGGGCAUACUGCUUCGGCUGCGGCAACGCUGUUUGCGGAGAACAUAGCACACUUUUACAUCGCUGCAACACUUGCGCACAGGGCAGGGGACAAGAAGUACACGCUCAACAACAAUAA